AUUUGAAAUCGCUGCUGAAAUCAUUUCAUUUGACCAUGCUUCGGGUAAAUUAUUCAGUUUUAGAAUAUUUAUUGGUAUCAGAAAGUUAUAAGACUGCAUUAUUAGAAUAACUAUGCCGUAAUUACUGAUCUCAAUAAUUGAUCUCCGAAAAUCUGUCCAAUCUUCCGACAUGUGAUCGAGCUGAUCAAAGCGUAUGCGCGUCGGCUGUGCGCGUCUGAGUUCACCACGGCGGGGGAUGGCUCCCACAGCCUGGCGCCGACUAGGGGAGACGGGUCGCUGGGUCGGCGCCGUGUCGCCGGUGAGGAUGGGCUCCAGUACCCCUCGCCGACGGCAUCCUCAUCAUCAUCGUCAUCGUUCCGCUACGACACCUCAGCAUCCCGCUCUACGGCAUCAACAGUCGGGUCCGAGUGUCUGGCGAGCGAGACCGACAUCCAGCGCUGGGUACGCACCGUGUCUCGGACCAGUCAGUACCUGGCAUUGAAAACCUCAGCAGUGGCCCUACCGGCCGGAGCCACGGGCCUGGAAAAUCUGGGAAAUACCUGCUAUAUGAAUGCCGUGUUACAGGUGCUUGCACAAACACAGGAUUUGGUUAACUAUAUGGUGAGUGAGUUUUUCUACGAAGAUUUGAAUCAAAAUUCAAUAAAUCAAGGUCAAAUAGCGAAGGAAAUCGCUCAGUUAUUGGGUGUCAUCUGGUCGCGAAAGUUUCGAUAUGUGUCGCCUCACCGUUUCCGUAAUGCAGUUAGCGCACGCCGAAGGGACUUUGGCGGCAUGCGCAUGCACGACGCUCACGAGUUUAUCAUAUUACUGUUGGAGUGGCUGCACGACGACCUGAACAUUGCGGCCGCGGCUGGAGCGCCGCCUCAGAGACCGUCCGCCGACAACCUGCCCGACCACGAGGCGGGCGAGGCCGUGUGGCGCCAGUUCCGGCGCGCCAACGACUCGAUCGUGACGCGCCUGUUCCAUGGCCUGCAGAAGUCGACUCUGCUCUGCACCGCCUGCGGCUUCGAGUCGGCCACGUUCGAGACGUUCUCGCUGCUGUCGCUGCCGCUGGCGCUGCCGGCCGCCGGCAGGGCCAGUCUGUACCACUGCCUUGACCAGUACGUGCGCGGAGACCUCAUCAACGACUGGAGCUGCCCCAAGUGCCGGCGCCGCCACGACGUCUACAAGAAGCUCGACCUGUGGCGACUGCCGCCUGUCGUCAUCCUGCACCUGAAGCGGUUCAGCUUCGCCGGCAGCACGGCGCGCAAGGCGCACGCUCAGGUGUCGUUCCCGCUGCGUGACCUGGACCUCAGUCAGCUGGCGAUCGGGCCGCACCCGGACUCUCACAGUCUGGUGUACGACCUGUACGGCGUGGUGGAGCACCACGGCAGCCAGCACAGCGGCCACUACACGGCCUACUGCUUCAACCACCCCGCCGCCAGCUGGCUCUUCAUCGACGAUACCGUGGUGAAAGAGAGCUCCGCUGCGAGUGUGCGCGACGCCACCGCCUACCUGCUGUGCUACAGCGCCAGGGAGGUGGCGUAGAGGGACGCUACCACCUACCUGCUGCGCUACAUCGCCAGGGAGGUGGCGUAGUAGCGCAACACCACUGCCUACCUGCUGUGCUACAGCGCCAGGGAGGUGGCGUAGAGGGACGCCACCACCUACUUGCUGCGCUACAGUGCUCGCGAGGUGUUGUAUGUAGAAAAGAAGCCAAUGCCUACCUCUGCUUCAGUGCCCGAGAGGUCGUGUAGAGAGAUGCUACAGCCUCUCCCCAAAGCUAUAUGUCCGGGAGGUAGCGUAGAAAGGCGUCGCCUACCUGCCCUGUUACAGCGUCUGCGGGCUUGCGUAGCAACGGGUGUCAUCGCCUACCUCCCGUGAUACUGCGCCCGAGAGAUGGUGUAGAGAGGCGCGUCACCGUCUACGUUCCAUGAUACCGCGAGGUAUCAUGGAGCCCGCGAGGUGAUGCUGAUAGUUUGCUCCUAUGCUCAACAGCGAAGCCUUGAGCGCGUGCCACUUUUGAUUUGAGCUAACGGUUGCAUUAUUUCGUACCUUAUUUUUCGUGUAAUUAUCAAUGCAAUAAUUUAUCGAUUUAUUUUACUUUUAGUAAGAAUAAAACAAUAAUGCAA